UUGAAAAUUGAAAUGCAUGGUUUGCUUCGGAGUUUGGUUUUGUACGCGCGUCGUCAGUCAAUGAGCCUGUUCGGUUAAGAUAUUUUAUUUGUGUAUUAGACAGUUUCAUUAAAUUAAUAAAAUUUGUAUCAAACAUUAUUCUAAACCUAAAAAACUGGGAUGCGUCGUAGUUAUGUGAAAGUGACAGCGGUUUAAUAAAGAUAAGUUCUUUUUUUGUGAGAAUAACAAUGUUAUUUCGCAUAGCUUCAAGUACCGCCACAUAAAUAUUGUGAUGCUAUCGUUAACAUGUACAAUCGAAAAUCAUUAUGUUCGAAGCGGGAUAAACUGUACGAGUUGUUGAUUACCUGUUAGAAUGCAAGACGAGUGUUCGGAGGAAACGAGGAGUAACUUCGAGCGGCGGCGGCCUACGAAGGUGUUAAAGAUAGCUGAGAGUUUUACCAACUUGGAUGAGACUGCUAAAGCAGGCCGGUUCGUACGGGGGCCGUAUUCGAAGAUCGGGAGACGAUUUCAGGAGAAUGGGGCUCGCAGCAAACGUGGGUGUUGUGAUGAUGAUUGUGCGGAGUCAAGUGGUAGUGAUGGUGAAAGACUUGGUGAUCGAAGAGUGACGGGCUCGUCUUGCACGGCCCUGCGGACUGCUGUUGCGGCACUUUAUCCAUUUGACGACUUCAUAUUGGAGAAAAUUGGAGCAGGAUUCUUCUCAGAAGUUUUCAAAGUAACACACAAAACGUCCGGCAAAGUUAUGGUGCUGAAGAUGAACCAGCAGCGUGCGAACAGACCCAAUAUGCUUCGGGAGGUUCAGCUCAUGAACAAACUCAAACAUCCUAAUAUUUUGGGGUUCAUGGGUGUAUGCGUGCACGAAGGCCAGCUCCACGCACUGACAGAGUUCAUGGAGGGCGGUUCAUUGGAACAACUUAUCCUCAGCAGACCACCUGAGCCUCUGCCGCAACCGUUGCGCGUGUCGCUGGCUGCAGACAUGGCUGAGGGCCUGAUGUAUCUGCAUUCGCUUGGCGUCUUCCACAGGGAUCUUACUUCUAAGAAUGUAUUAUUAAGAAAAAAUACCGAUGGUGAAUACAUAGCAGUGGUCGCCGACUUUGGUUUGGCGGCGAAAAUACCUCAUCCGAUUAAUGGAUAUCGUUUACCAAGCGUGGGAUCGCCUUGGUGGAUGUCCCCCGAAUGCCUUCGUGGCAGGUGGUACGACCACCGAUCUGAUAUUUUCUCCUACGGGAUUAUACUGUGCCAACUUAUCGCCAGAGUGGACGCAGAUCCGGACGUACUGCCUCGUACGGAUAACUUCGGUCUGAACUACAUGGCGUUCGUGGAACUCUGUGACGAGCACACCGUGCCAGAUUUCCUACGAUUGGCCUUCAACUGCUGCAUUUACGAGCCUAAGGCGCGACCGCUAUUCCCAGAGAUAGUGAGCAAGUUGGCCGAGAUCAAGGAAGGCCUAGAUGACGCGGCAUGGGGCUGCCACGCCUCCACUAACACUUAUGACAGUGAGGAGGCGGACACGUCCUGCGGUCGUUCGUACUCGUGGUGGGCGUGGCGUCGGCCGUUACGGAUGCGUUCGGAGACAGGCACGCACCCACACAGAGAUACACGUAGCGCCGCUCACCGUCGCUCGUUAUCCGAGUUGGAAUGCAUGUCCCGCGUGUCUCCCCCCUCUCCCCCUCAUCGCUCCGCCUGCGCCCUCGACCCGGCACCCCCCGCCCCUCCAUCCCUCGCCCGUCUCCAUCGUCUCGCCCACAUAAUGCUCCUCCGGGACACCCACGCGGCCCCCCGACCCGCGAAGCGAGCGUUGCAUACCUUCCGCGGGGUCCACAAAAUACUUGAAACAAAUCCUCCACGAGGCGGCUCCGGGACCCCCCGGAAUCGAUGCUCCAGCGGCGACCCCCCCAAUCUUUACCCCACCUCGGACGAGCCGCGAUCGUCGUCGCUUCCCCCCUCGCCGGUGUUCAGUAGGAAACAGAAGCUGAGCGACUCUGAACUAAAACGCCGCGGGUCGUGCGAGAGCGGGAUAUUCUCAGUGGCCAAUGAGGACUUUGGACACGCGAGUUAUGGCGCCAUGUGUCCGUGCUCGCUUAUGGGAUGUCAUAGGUGUUGGUGGUGGCGUCGCGAAUCCAGUGACCGCUCGGGCGACGAGUUCGAGGAUCAGCCCCGUGUACGGGUUUGCACGGACUGCCUCGUCCUAUACGAGCGGGUGUUGCGACGUCGGCCGACGUUGCCCGACGACUCCGCCCUCUCCACCACAGUGAGUUCCCUCCGCAGCCUCGACGACGAGGAGUCCGUCCGAGAAAACGACGCCUCGCCCUUCCUCUGCGGCCUCCUCGACACCGAGGAGAUCGAACGGGAGUACCACGUCCUGACGAAAUGCUGCUGCGUCGGCCGCGUGCAGUGUUCCCAUCGUCCACUGGACGAGGACGAACUCAACCGCGUCCUCCCGAGGGUUCUCAACUUUCCUUCCCACCUCUUCUCCUGCAAGCGCACCUCGAGCGUCUACACGGACAGUUCGGAGGACGUCGCGUCCCUCGGCUCCGACAUUUACGACGACCGGAUCCCCCGUCACGUCAGAUCCGCGCAAAUAUCCAAAAUCGUCGAGUACUUCGAACGAAAAGGCGCCGACUUCAAGUGCGAGUUCAAGGGGCAGAGGGUCAAAAUGAGCAACUUUGGCAAGUUCGGUAAGGAGAAGACCGAGAAGGAAUACUUCGUUGACGUCAAGCAUAGGAGCGCGGGGAGUCGGAUGGAAGUGGUGGGGGAAGAAGGGUGCGGGAGGAAAUGCGUCGCCCAGAGACUGAUGAUCUGCGAGGGAGCCGUCAAAUCGAAACUGCCACUCUUCGAUAAAAAGUCAUAACGUAAGGGAUACGAAGUCGAGAGGCGAUCUCAGAAGUGAUUGUGCGGUCAAUUAAAUUUGGUUGUCAGUAGAGUUAAAACCAGUGUUAAAUUUUUAAUCCGUUAACUCACUGAUAGACAGACGUACGUAUACGUGAGGUGUCUACGUAUACGCCCGCGUACGUGACUAAAUCUCAAAGGUGUGACGCCUUUGCUAGACCGCGUCCGCUAGAGCUCGCCACGACUUUGUCAUGUGUCAAAUUGUUCAGUGACUUCCAAAUAGAGUUAAUAAAAUUUAAAAAUUAUUUAUAUUCCCUAAAUAUUAUAUACAAAGCGAGAACAAUAUUAUAUUAUCGGUAUACAUUGUUAAGCAGUAUUUCAAGGCUAGUGCCAAGGGUGAAACGUUUGUGACAAUAUAUGAACACGGUGCUUUCAGAAAUUGUGGUUAUUCAUUUAUAUAUUUCUUUUACAACAAAUCAUAUUGAUGGUGUAAAUGAUUAUUUCGUUCUUAAAGAAUUUCAAUUUCCACUAGCUACACUAUGGAGUUGACAAGUUGUCGGGAUUUCUUUGACAGUUAUUCUCACUAUUUGGAAGAUUCAUAGACAACAAAGUGCGAACUAAUUCUCCCAUCUGUCAAAAAGUAUCCAUGUGACAGUUAGUCUGUGAAUCUCGUGUUGGGUUCUACAGUUUCUGGAAGCACUUAAUGACGAUUCCGCGUUUAUUUGACUGAAUAUACUAAGCAUUUCUUUGGAUAUAUGAGAUUAUGUAACAGUUGUAGAGAUAUAGACUAAUACUGACCAGUGAUGGCCUACGUUUUGACGACUUAUGCUCGGUUCCUAUAUUGAGCACUAUCCGUCCGUAUUUCAAUGUUUUUCACGUUCGGUUCUAUUAAACAUCGGUAAAUAAAUCAUACUGAAGAGUAAAUAGUGAUUAUUUACGGGAACAGAAAAUUCAAACGAAUAAUUUGAACCUGAAACCUCGUGAAAAUCGUCAAUUCUCUAUAGGCUUUUAACAACUGCCUUCAACCGUCCUAAUAAAUGAAGGUAGAGAAUUUGACGUAGAUUUUUCUUCUCAUAGCUGAUAUUAUGGAUGCUAGAACUCGGAGGUCUUUUGGAAUUUUCGGAUUCCAUAACAUAUUGGAAUAUGGAUGGAUAGUUUUACCAGACUAUUUAAAAGUUUUUUUUAAACUACAGAAAUUUUAUUAAAUUUCGGAGGAUUUUGCAAUUGUUAUAGAGACCAGACAUAAGUCGAAUAACCAUUUCGAUGGAUAUGUAUUUUUCAAUAGCGACGUUUAGACACAGUGUAAAUAAUUUAGAAUUAAAAAUUAAUGAUAAUUUAUAUAGAUUUAAUUUAUGUAUACAGUAUUACGUUACUUGCCAGUUCGCGUGUAUAUAUAUUUUUUGAGAGUGGCAACUAUUCGAAAUUAUUUUUCAUCGUUUCGCAAAUUCGUCCUAUAACAAAAUUAUUUAUAAUAGUGGGGCGUUUCUAGUCUCAAACGCGUCACUUAGUCCAACAUAAAUUAAUUGCACUUAGUAUAAGUAUAUCGAAGGUUUUAUAAAUUGGUAUUAUAUUUUUAAUAUUAACACGAAAGUUGCAAUAUUUUUUUAUUAAUAUGCGGGGUUGGAAUGUUGUCAAUAUGACAGUUAUUAUUUUCGUAUGUCAAGUUUGACGUCUGUCAGAUGUCAAACUUCAGAAGCGACAGUUCUUGAACGUCGAUUUGACGUUGGGGUAUCGAGAACGAUACGGGCCGUAAUUUGCGUGUAAUAAAAAAAGGUUUAUUGAAUAUUCGAAAAUAAUAAAACAUUAUUUAUAUUGGCGGACUGGGUCCUUGAAACGGCACCGGUGAAUAUGAACAAAGUGUGUCACGUGACGUAAGAUAAUUCUAACAGACCAUGUUUGACGAUGUUUAUAGCUUGUGCAACGCGAACGACAAAAAGCUAGCAUAUUAUAGCGUGAGAAUAUAAAUAGAAAAAUAUAUAAAUAAUAAUUUUGUCGUAUAUCGUAGGCGUCGACUCGAGGAACAGCUUCGAGUGCGUUCUAACCCCGUGGUGUUUAUUAUUUCGGUCAUAUAAAUAAUUAUUCAUAUUAUCGAGGCUAUACCUCAUAAUUGUGAAAUAAAUAAAUUACAUAUUUUUGUCAUUAUCAUAUCUUCAGGGUGUUUUGAAUGUAAAUAUAUUUUAAAUCUAUAAAAAACCCGAUUUAAUCAGUGCCAAACAGUUGUUUUGUUGUUGGAUAAUAUUGUAGUGGACUAUAAAUUCUUUCGAUUUCGAGAUUUCCGGUUACACAAUUUUUUUUUCAUUCUGUCAAAAUUAUUUUUCUUAACUUUUGAAAGACGAAUCCGGCAGCUACAGUCAUUCGAAACGGUGGCUAGGGAUCUCUCCGAGUCUUGGCCCUAAGUACAGCCGUACGUCAAAAAUGUAUUAGAUUUGACUCUGUAUCUGUUUUCCUUAACUCUCCUAUCAUUUCCCGCAAUAGACAUUUCCCUCACCAAUUAGUUCCUCACACCACAGCCAUUUAUUCCCGGAAGGGAACAGUUGUAAAUGUUAUUGUUUAAAGCACGUUUCAGAACAACAACAUCCGUCCAGUACUUGUUAUUUUCGUUUUCUCGAUUCUGAAGUGUAGUCCCGUGAGAUAUUUUUAGCGGUUAAAUUAAAUCCGAAACUAGAUUUUCAGACGCAAAUAGCGAGCAAUCGUUGUGAUUAAUAUACUAUAAAAAAAUUGUUAUACUUAUUUCGUAAUAAUAGCGUGUUUUCAUGACUUCAUCGAACUUGCAUUCAAACGUUGCGGUGGGUAUCGCUAUCGCUAUUGAAAGUUACAGAGUAAGGGCGCAGUUCCUUGUUUUGUUGCUCGGCGAAAUUGUGAUUGAUGUAAAAUUUCAAGACUCUAAUGAGGUGACAUGUCCGUUAAAGUAUAGUAUUUCUCUGUGUUUAUUAAUUCGUUAGUUGUGGUUUCGCAUUCGUUAAAAAGAAUACAAGACACAAGGCCUAUAAAGAAGAGUCUGUUAAUCAGUUACAAAAGUGUAAAGCCGCUAGAAAGUCGCUUGAAAAAUAUCUCGUGGUGAUUUCACUUUUCUAAAGCAAAAUAUGUACUAACAAAACUAAACUAAUUGAUUUUUUUUUGUUAAUAUCAGUCUCGAAUAAAAAACUAAUAUGUAGUAGGAUCGAGCGAAUGAGAUAAUGGUUAUCGCUACUUAUUAUCGUGCAUUAAACUAAUUCAUUGUUAUCGUAAACGUUAGUCAAUUAAUAUAAUAAAUAAUUUCCCUUGUGUUGCCACGUUACACUAGAAUCUUCCGUUAAUAAAUAAUGUUACGUACUUUAGAAGUGGUUAUUUAUUGUGGUAAUUCUGAUUUACACCACUAAUUAGGGCAAUUUACACAUUUGUAUGCGUAUCCGAUUUUACUACCGUACUAUGGGAGAUUGAGAAUUCAUACGAAUAGACUUCAUAUAUUUACGUACAAUACAAAUUGCAAAUCGCAAUAACCACGAUUUUGUAUUGGUAAACGAAAUUUACAUUAAUUGCUAUACUGUUUUACCAACGUAAAUUACGUUUUUACCGACACUUUUGAGUUAGCAUUAUAUUUGAGAACGUCCAUUCGUAAACGACUAACGACAUUUAUGUAUAAGGUAAAUGUUACUUUGCCUAAUUUAUGCCGUACUUAUCUCGGAUAGACUGCACUUGCCACCACAAACGCAUAUCAGUUGAAUGUUAGUUUUUAGUUAUUUUUAUAGUUAUAGUUAACUUUUUAGAUCACAUGAGGUGGCUAUAAAAUAUCCGUACUUAAUGUUACCAUCUCAUAUUUUCUAAAUCGUGAAUUAAGUUAUUGUAUAGCUAACGUUCCUUUAAGGCACUAACUUAGAAUUUCGUUACGGUUGUGUCAAGCCCGGGUUUGCAAUAGUUAUUCAUAGUUGAGCCCACGAGGCCCAAGGAUUUCAUUUGUAAGAUGUGGUAAUAAAUAUAUUUUGUUUCAA